AUGUCUUUCUCUGAAGUAAUUCACUGUAACGAAAAUAUUAAAAGUUUAAUUCCAAAACCUGAGGUGACGCCUCCAGCUAGUCCAAGGUACGAGUCCAAAUAUCACAGGAAGGUUACAAAGGAAAGAGCAAGAAGUAAAAGUGCCCAUCGCACCUUGGGAGUACCAAGUGUCACCUUGAAUCCCCCUUCAGAAUAUUUAAAAAAGCGAACUCGGGUUGAACCCCGUAGAGAUGACGUGAAGCACGUGCACUAUCAUCGUCCGGAUUAUCAGCACAAAUUGCCAUCCUGGGAACGAAUAAAAAAACAGAGCAAAUCUGAAGACGAUUUACCGGCUCUUCCUCAGGAUCCUUUGAAAACAGGCCGUAUAAAUUUCCCUAAGCAGAACAUAAUCAACGUUAAGAAGUCUAAAGCAAAGCAACCAAGAAUGCGAUACGUAGAUACCCGUUUCGGCGAUGCUCACGAUUUGGUACCCAGCGGUCUCCUACCCUCUUACCUCUAUAGAAAGGACUAUGGUAAACCACCGAAGUACGUAUUGGAGAAAUUUAAGCAAAAGUCUAAGACUGUCAAGAGUGACAAGGAUGGGCAAGGGUCAUCGGUAUCAUUGGACGUGAUGCACCCAAAGUGUCGCUACGUUACAGCACCAGAACGUGCCAAUUUACUUUAUGGUAUGAAGAAACGCUGGGAAGAAAUGACGAAAGAAUUUCAGUGCUUACCAUUCCUGACGGAUACACUACCGAAGGUUAAGAGGAAGACGAAGUUGGAAAAUGAUCUUCGUCAAUUGGAGAAAGACAUAGAUAUAAUAGAGCGUCAUCCUUACAUAUAUGUGUAUAGUGAUACCGAAGAGGAAUCCUGA